GCAUGCGCAGCCCCGCCCCACCUCUCCGCCGGAGCUGAGCGCGCACCCACGCGUCCCCGCUCCAAUCAAUGGGCGCGAGCCGCUGAACACUUCGGGAAGUCGUUAGGAAGAAGUGGACGGCGCUGGGCAGUCCCUGUCCAGGAAGGGGGCGAACCAUCUCCGGGCUUGAUAAGGGUCAGCUUCGGAGGCGUUGCCCGGUGUCGUGCGCUCGCGUGUCCUCGUUGCCGGUUCGAAGGAGCUGGUGUCGGUGCCGUUCAGCGGUGAGUUGGUCGGGGAAGGGAUGUGCGAGAGCCGUUGCCGGAGGAUGGCGGACAGGGACAAGCGGCCCGUCCUGUUCACACACAUCCAGACCGCUUUCAAGACAGACUCUUUCUACAGCAACUACACGGUGACACCGAAGGAACUGGGCAGAGGCAAGUUUGCUGUUGUUAAAAAAUGUAUAGAAAUGGCUACCGGGAAAGAAUAUGCAGCUAAGUUUAUGAAGAAAAGGCGUCGAGGUCUGGAUUGUAAAGCUGAUAUCGUACAUGAAAUUGCUGUACUUGAAAUGGCAAAGUCGAAUCCACGUGUGGUGGACCUGCAUGAGGUGUAUGAAACUACACAUGAAAUUAUCCUUGUCUUAGAAUAUGCUGCUGGGGGAGAAGUCUUUAAUCUGUGUGUAGCUGAUCGAGAUGAAGCGCUCUCCGAAAGGGAUGUAAUCAGACUUCUUCGACAGACUCUUGAAGGAGUGGUUUUCUUACACCAAAACAAUAUUGUACACCUAGAUUUAAAGCCACAAAAUAUUUUAUUAACCAGCUCAUCCCCAUUGGGUGAUAUAAAGAUUGUUGAUUUUGGCUUGUCCAGGAGAGUUGACAAUGUUGGUGAAUUAAGAGAAAUCACUGGAACACCUGAGUACAUUGCUCCUGAAAUCUUGAACUAUGACCCAAUUUCAACAGAAACAGACAUGUGGAGCAUUGGAGUAUUGGUGUACAUGUUGCUGACAGGAAAGUCUCCAUUUCAGGGCGAAGAUAAGCAAGAGACUUUUCUCAAUAUCUCGCAAGUUAAUGUUGAUUAUUCAGAAGAAACAUUUGAAGGAGUUUCAAAAACUGCUAUUGAAUUUAUUCAGCAGCUUCUAGUCAAAAAACCUGAGGAACGAAUAAAUGCAGAAGCUUGUCUUUUUCAUCCAUGGCUGCAAGCAGAAGAAUUGAUGGGUAAUCCUGGACCAGAAAUUAUGCCAUGUGUUCCUCAGUCGGAAGAGUACAUUAAAUCUUUAGAAGAAAAUCCCAUAAGAUCUCUCACAUUUGGUGUCUGCAGACAUUUGGAUAAAGAAAAUGGUUUUGAAGAAUCAGCUAUCGAACCCAAACGAUUCCGAUAUGAUGACUCAUACAAAAGUUGUCAUGAGGUUACAGGGGAAUGGGUGUUUUAAAAUUGGAGUAUGUUAAUUGCAAGAAAACAGCACUUUGGGAAUCUUCCCCUUUAUGUUGGGCUCAAUCACUUUAUAAAAGUAUGUGACUCAAGUGCAUAAACAUUCUCGGUAAAUAAACAGUGUCUCUGUUGCUGAUGUGUUAGCACUUUCAAACUUUUUUUUUUAAAAAGUUGCAUGAAAACACAUCAACCUUUUUUUGCACUUAUCUCAAUAGGAAAUACUCUUCUUAAAAUGUUCAGAAUUAAGGUUUGUAUGCUUAAGAUAAUGAGCAAAGUAAAAUACCUACUUGAUUCAUUUCACUUCUACUGGUUCUGAUGUACCCAGGUAUCAGUCUCUUUUUUUUUCGGCAGCUAGCAUAUAUUGGAGAGCUGUAACUAGGAUCAGUAAUUAUAGUCCACAACCUUUCUAUAAUAGUUUUUUAAGAUUAUUCACAUUGCAACAGCUCCUGAAGAUAACUUUGAAUAUAUUUUAACUAUCUGAACACCUGGAUAGUGGUUCAUUAUGAUGCUUGAAAGGUGUAUUGCAAUUGUAAUUACAGGUUGAUAACUGUUCUCCCAAGCAAUCAAAUUCUGCACACAAUACAAAGAUUCCUUUAAAUGAAACUUGCUUUAAAAAAAACUUGCAUUCCUUUUUACCAUUAUGCCAGCAUUCAUUGUUAGUUUGGCAAAGAUGUGGGUUUUUCAAUUUUCAAUAAAUGUAUAUAUAAUCUCAAAAUAAGAAAUUCUUAAACUGCUAAAAGUGUGUAACUGCUUCCAUGUAUCACUGUAGGAUUUUUCCUACUGUGACCAUCUUUAUGGUUUUGUAAAAAGACUUCUGGGCUAACAAAGGCCAAGUUGGAAAACCCUAGUUUGUAACUAUUGAAAUUUUAUUAAUUUGAUGCAAAUAAGCUAAUUUUCAAAAGGAAUUCAGUAGUGAUUGUAACUGUUCCUGAUUAUAAUUAGCAUAUUAUAUUUGAAAAACAGAUGGAGCUAUUAAACUUGGAGCAAUUAUUAUGCACUUUUUCUAUUACAUAUCAGUUGCCUUAUUUUAGAGCAAUAAGGCAAAUGAUUUUUGGUCUUUAAGACAUGGAAGUGAUAUGUCACUUGAGAAUUAGGAUAUUUGGAAAUAUGUUGCCUGCAUCUUUUUAGAGAUAUUUUAGCUUCAUAGAGAUUAAAAUAUUUUAUGCUUUUCAGAUAUCUAGUCAAGACUUAAUCAUACAGGAAGCCUGAAUCUAUGCUUUUAAUGUAGCAGGCCCUGGGUCAUUGCUAUUAUUGAAUAGAUAUAAUGUUUAACUCAAUGAAGAUGAUAUUUGUGAAAAUUUUGAACUGUAAGGUAACUUAUCUAAUUUUGAAACAUUUACAUGAAUGUUUUUUAAUUUUAAAAUUAAAUCUGAAAUAUAG